AUGCCGCACUUCCUGGACUGGUUCGUGCCCGUCUACCUGGUCAUCUCGGUGCUCAUCCUGGUGGGCUUCGGCGCCUGCAUCUACUACUUGGAGCCUGGCCUGCAGGAGGCGCACAAGUGGCGCAUGCAGCGUCCCCUGGUGGACCGUGACCUCCGCAAGACUCUGAUGGUCCGCGACAACUUGGCCUUCGGAGGGCCAGAGGUCUGAGCGGACCCGCGCCGGUGGCCGGUGGCGGCCACCGGGCGCCCUCCCCUGCUUCGCCCAGCUUGGAGACCCUGGGGCAGAGACAGGACAACCCCUGGUCCUCCAGGCCAUCCCUCUGUUGCCUGGACCCUCC